GCUAGAGGAGAUUCAAAGAAGGGAAGUAUUUGGAAGAACUGAAGUUUGAGCUUGUGGCUAUGAGCUGGAAGAUGUCUGUGGGAGGGACUCAAAUCAUCCCAUCUUCAGCAACUUAUAGCCUUAAGAAGGAACGAGGUUCUGUCUCUGACGGAGGCAGAUCUUUUCUUGAUAUGGCUUCAGAAAUCACUUACGCAGAAGUGAAGUUCAAGAAUGCACCCAACGCCUUGCCCACCGACUCAGAAUCUCCUGCAGCUCCUAGAAAGAAACCUGUCCAUCAUAUAAAUAAGCCUGGUUCCCUCUCACUGCUUUUUACAUCCCUGAUGGUACUUCUCUUGCUGCUGGCAAUCACUUUCUUAGUUGCAUUUAUCAUUUAUUUUCAAAAGUACUCUCAACUUCUUGAAGAAAAAAAAGGUGUAAAAGGUAUAAUUCACAAUGAAUUGAACUGCACAAAAAAUGGUUCGCUCAUGGAAGACAAAAUCUGGAACUGUUGCCCAAAGGAUUGGAAGCUAUUUGGUUCCCACUGCUACUUGGUUUCUAGAGGUACUUCAUCAGAAUCUUGGAACAAGAGUGAGGAGAACUGUUCCCAGAUGGGUGCUCAUCUGCUGGUGAUCCAUAGCCAGGAAGAGCAGGAUUUCAUCACUGGGAUCCUGACGAAUGAUGCUUCUUAUUAUAUAGGCUUGUGGGAUAUAGGUCAUCGACAAUGGCGAUGGGUGGAUCAGACACCAUACAAAGAGAGUGCCACGUGAGUCUAGACUUACAU